AUGGUCGCCACCUGGUGCGUGCUCGCGUCGCUGAAGCACAACCAGCUGCACCAGCCACAGCUUGCGCUUCUGCCCCGCGCAUCCUCCGGGCUCCGCGAGGACUCGCCCGUGACUGGCUUGCGGCUCUCCACCGGUGUGCACAUCGGCGACCUCCUCGCGCCUGCGCCGCGCCAGCACAAGCGGGAGCUCAGCAUGGACGCGUCCGCCCCCGGUUCGCAUAUCAUUCCAGUGCUGGCACGCAUGGUUGCAGCCGAUCUGAAGUACACUCUAUCUGCGGCGUCUGGGCCCGGGGCUCUUCCCCAAGAGCGCAGGACUCUUGAGCUAUUCAACGUCCUCCAGGCAUUGACAGAGAGCAUCACCGAUCUCCGUCGCGAGCCUUGGUUUGUGCAAGCGGUGGAAAACGUGCUCCGUGCGAGCACCGAAGGCUCGGCCACGCCAAAGCUGGCCGUGAUGUUCCCGGUCGCUUGCCGGCAGGUUAAGUUUACAUCUCAAGGAAAGGAGCUAGGUGAGGCAAGAAUCAUAGUAUAUGCACACCACCCGCUGACACCCGACAUGACAGCCGUAACGAGUGGACAGACUUCGCCCACAGACUACGAGUCUCUCAUUCUCUAUUACUUCGAGCGCCGUCUGGAGAACCCGAGCGAACAAACCCUGAACAUGUUCGUCUUCUCAUGUGUCCGCUGGCUCAGAGAGCGCCGGAUCAGCGAUGUGCAUUCUCCUGUUGCGACGACUGUCCUCCAGCGGAUGGGAGCCGCCGCGCGUGUAAUCGCACAGCUCCGUGCGCCGCGCGACGUACACGGGUACGAUGGCGCUGACGACGGCGAGUGGAUCAAGCUCGUACGACACCAAUAUAAGGACCUUGCGGCCGAGAAGGCGCGCGCGCGCGUCCUCCGGCAGCUCUUCCACGCUUUCGAAACGGCAUACCGCCGUGGCGUGCUCGCAGGCCAUCAAGGACUCAUCCGCGACAUGAUCCACGAGGGUCUGAAGCAUACGCAUGAAGAUCUGGGCAACAUCUGCACAGAUCGCAAGUGUCCCUGGGUCAAACAUAAGUGCCAAGGCGAGCAGGCGUUGCUUCCGACGUUCCAGAACUGCCCGCUGCUGCAGAAGGAUGUUCGUGUGGCGCCGAAUUCUGUCCCUGCAAAGCUGUCCAUGUCAUUGAUCGAACAAAAACGACCUGUUGAGGUGGUCAUUCCUCCGGGUGCAGUGGACAGCGUGACGUCCGGGACAGUUCGCUUCCUUCCCGCAGAUGACUUGCGAUUGCCAUUGCUGCAUCAAGCUCUUUCGACUUGUAAAAUCACUUACGACCGCCUUGAUAACUGCCUCGCACUUUCACCUGGCAGCACCUCCGCUAAGUCACUCGAGAAGCUCCUGUUGGAAUACUUCCCAGGGGCGGCAGAGCGGUACAGCGAAGAGUCUAUCAACAUGUUCAUUCUCACGGCCGUUAGGUGGCUCGACACGCAACGAAAGAUUGAGCACCGCGCGUCCGCGACCGUCACGGAUAUCCUCGGGCGAAUGGUUUUAGUGGCCGAAGCAGUACGGCAAAGGGAGCGCCGGUCCGUUUAUGGUUGCGACGAGGCCGAGGAUUACACCUGGCUCGCCGCCCUCCUGUCCUACCGCGAACGACUCGUCCGGACCCACGGCUCAAUCUUCCGGCGGCUUCUGCACGUAUUUGAGGACUCGUUCCGGCGUGGCGUGCUUGUUGGUCCUGAGACCUGGAUAGCGUUCUACCUCCACGGAUGCCUGGAAUCCGGUCAUGAAGGCUUAUCUGUGUGCGAAGACGAGAGCUGCUGCUGGAUUCGCCACGAGUGCUCGGACGGCCUCUGGAAGCGAGAUUGUGCGCUACUGCAUCCGAUCGAUUCCGCUCGCGGUCAAAACGCUCCGCCUGCUAAGACUGGCUCACUAUCAGAAGCCAAGCGGACCACCAGAGACAGCGGUGCAUCAUGA